GUGACUGAGACCCAAGAAACACCACCACCACUAUGAUGCCUAUUUGGGUAUUGCUGUUCCUGGGAGUUGUAGCUGCCUCUCCUUUGGUUGAUGAUAAAAUUAUCGGGGAAUAUGAAUGUGCCCCUCACUCCCAAAAAUGGCAGGUUUAUUUCACCUAUAAAGGAUAUCCCUGGUGUGGAGGGUCCUUAAUCUCAUCGAGGUGGAUCAUUUCUGCCGCCAGUUGCAACCAGUCACCCAAGUACUUGAUCGCUCACCUUGGAAAGCAUGAUAUUACCAGGGAAGAAGGAACAGAACAACAUAUCCAGGUUGAGAAAACCUUUCCACAUAACAGAUACCUGGGCCUUUCUGAUAGCAAUAAUAUCAUGUUGGUUAAACUUGCUGAGCCAGCUCAAUUUAAUCAGUUUGUUCAGCCCAUCAAAGUUGCAAGCAGCUGCCCAAGAGAGGGGAAAGUUUGUCAGGUGUCUGGCUUCGGAAAUCUGAAUUCAUAUGCUGAGAAGUACCCUGAUAGACUGCAGUGUCUGGAUUUACCUAUUCUGCCUGAAUCCAGCUGUGACUCUUACUUCAGUCCCAAAAAAAUGCAUACAAAUUUAAUGUGUGCUGGCUUUGCACAAGACGACAAGGACUCCUGCCAGGGUGAUGCCGGAGGGCCUCUCAUUUGUAAGGGAGAGCUCUACGGAAUAAUAUUGUGGGGAAAUGGCUGCUCGGGAAGAGGUAUUCCAGGAGUGUACCUUAAAGUCUGUAACUUUACCAACUGGAUGCAGAAUAUUAUUAACAACAACUGAAACAGCUCAGAGCCUGAAAGGCACUUACUAUACAUCACCAUUUAUUGUAGCAUGAAAUAAAAUACCACAUAUUGUAUGCAAUACACAACAAUAGAUACCAGUGCUAUUUUGUGUGUAAAAUGUAUCAAAUAAAACAACUGAAGCAUCAA